AAACAGUCCAAUGACGGGAGGCAGUUGGAUGCUUGUACUCAAACUGUCCAAUCAGAACAAUUUGUUUCAGGAAUUUAAAGGUCUGUGCGUCAUUUUCCGCACAGUUUGAACCAUCCCGCAAGAAGUAGGCUCUCUCAAAACCCAACUUUUUCCUCACUGCCGCCCAGCUUUGUGUAAAAUUGUGGAAAAUGUCUGAGAACUUCGACCGUCUGAGUAAGUUCAAGAAUAAAGGCAAGGAUGUCAAUGAGCUUCGACGCAGAAGAGUGGAAGUGAACGUCGAGCUCCGCAAAGCUAAGAAAGAUGAUCAGAUGUUCAAAAGAAGGAACGUGGCUGCAUUUCCCGAGGAGCCCACAUCGCCUCUUCAAGUGAAAAAUCAAAACGGCCAGACUUCCAGCCAGUGGUCAGUUGCAGAGAUUCUCACUGGAGUAAAUAAUGCUAACAUCGAGUCGCAGCUGCAGGCAACACAAGCAGCAAGGAAACUGCUGUCCCGAGAGAGGCAUCCCCCCAUUGACCAGAUCAUCAGUGCUGGUCUGAUCCCCAAAUUUGUGGCCUUCUUGGGACUGUCUGACUGCCCUCCCAUCCAAUUUGAAGCAUCUUGGGCAUUAACCAACAUCGCCUCUGGGACGUCUGACCAAACGGCCGCUGUGGUCCAGGGCGGGGCCAUUCCUGCUUUCAUUCGGUUGGUCACAUCCCCCCACCAGCACAUCAGCGAGCAAGCCGUCUGGGCUCUUGGAAACAUUGCUGGCGAUGGCUCGGCUCUGAGGGACAAGGUGAUCAAGCAUGGAGCUGUGGCCGCCCUGCUCAAUCUGCUUGCAGUGCCUGACCUCUCUGCACUCAGUCCUGGUUACCUGAGAAAUGUGACCUGGACAGUCUCCAACAUCUGUCGCAACAAGGACCCUUCACCUCCUUUAACUGCCAUCGAGCAGCUCUUACCUGCUCUCGUACGUCUCCUCCACCACGACGACAAAGAGGUGUUGGCAGACGCCUGUUGGGGGAUUUCGUACCUGACUGACGGUUCGAACGAUCGCAUCGAAGUGGUGGUGCAGUCAGGCCUGGUGCAUCGCUUGGUUGAACUGCUCGGCAGCGGAGAACUGUCUGUGGUGACCCCCUCUCUGCGUGCCAUCGGUAACAUCGUGACUGGCACAGACGAGCAGACUCAGAUUGUGCUCGACUCCGGGGCGCUGGGCAUGUUCGCCCCAUUACUGUGCCACAACAAGGCCAACAUUCAGAAGGAGGCCGCCUGGACUUUGUCCAACAUCACGGCGGGAAAGGACACCCAGAUCCAGGAAGUCAUCAACGCUGGCCUUGUUCCACAUUUGGUCAAUGUGCUUGUGAGGGGUGACUACAAAACCCAGAAGGAGGCAGUGUGGGCUGUGACAAACUUCACCAGCGGGGGCACUGUGGAGCAAGUUGUGUUCCUGGUGCAGUGCAAUGUGCUGGAGCCGCUUAUGAAUAUUCUGUCCUCAAAGGACAGCAAAACUGUACUUGUCAUCUUGGAUGCCAUCACCAACAUAUUUUUGGCUGGUGACAAAAUUGGAGAGUCACAGAAGUUGGCCCUCAUGAUUGAAGAAUGUGGUGGGCUGGACCGGAUUGAAGCUCUACAGUGUCAUGAGAACGAGAUGGUCUACACGGCGGCUCUCAAGCUGAUUGAGAAAUACUUCUCUGACGAGGAAGAGGAGUUGCAGUGUGUUGCCCCAGAAGCAACGGCCGACGGUUAUGAAUUCCAAGUCGGUGAUAACCAGAGCACUUUCAACUUCUAACACUUAGCUACUCCAUGCUCACCGCUACAGUUUGUCCUUGUUCAUGUCAAUGUACUGUUGUAUGUUUGUACAUACUUUUAAACACUUGAUGAACCACUCGUGUAAAUAAAGAUGAGACUUUGUAUG